GAAAAUCAGAGUCCGGCCUCGGAGUGUAAAACAGUCGCUCCGCAAGAAGGAAUGUUUGACAUUAAGAUUCUUGGGUCAUGACAGCUUGGCUGUGUCAGUUCGGAGGGUUUUGGACAGUUAUAAUGUUGUUAGUUCUCAAGCCUCAGUAUUACUGCUGUGUUGUCACGGAGGGAAGAAGGAGGUGAAAACUAACGUUACUCGCCGCCAUCUUUUGGAAGUCACUGGGAGUGGGGAGUUAGCUUUUGCAUUCAUCGUUAGUUUUUCGGCUUUAACAGGUUGUAACGUCGCUUAAAAUUGUCAAGUGAAACAGAAUAAAUCCCUCUGGUUUCUGACAAUCUAAUUUAAAUGACUGGAAAAGCCGAAGGAGUAAAAGUCAUCCAGUUUUGAGCUCAAUCUGUGCUGCACUUCAACUGCACUCUGUUCCUCACAGCACUACAUCGUACUGCGUUACUGGCUAGCACGCUAGGCGAGCUAGCAUUCUGGCUGAGGUCCUGUUUCUUUUCAAACUGGCCUGUUGUAAAGGUCCUAAUGCGUAUGCUGCCACUCUCUGGCAGAUGAGUCAUCAAAGGGGGCCUGCGCGUCAUAGUCGCACAGCCAGAUAGUCCCCUGUGAGCGCAGCAUGCCCUCCACCAGCCGGGCAGGUAGCCUCAAGGACCCAGACAUCGCAGAGCUCUUCUUCAGAGAAGACCCCGAGAAGCUUUUCUCUGACCUGCGCGAGAUUGGCCAUGGCAGCUUCGGAGCUGUGUAUUUUGCACGUGAUGUGCGGACCGCUGAGGUGGUGGCCAUUAAGAAGAUGUCCUACAGUGGAAAGCAGGCCAAUGAGAAAUGGCAGGAUAUUAUUAAAGAAGUAAAAUUUCUCCAGAGAAUACAACACCCCAACAGCAUAGAGUAUAAAGGAUGCUACCUCCGAGAGCACACAGCAUGGCUUGUGAUGGAGUACUGUUUGGGUUCAGCUUCCGACCUCCUUGAAGUUCACAAGAAGCCCCUUCAGGAAAUGGAGAUUGCAGCUAUUACCCAUGGUGCUUUGCAGGGGCUUGCCUACCUUCACUCUCAUAACAUGAUUCACAGAGAUAUCAAAGCUGGGAACAUAUUGCUGACUGAGCCUGGACAGGUCAAGCUAGCAGACUUUGGUUCUGCCUCCAUUGCUUCUCCAGCUAAUUCCUUUGUGGGGACACCAUAUUGGAUGGCCCCUGAGGUGAUUUUAGCCAUGGAUGAGGGACAGUAUGAAGGAAAAGUAGACGUCUGGUCACUUGGGAUUACCUGUAUAGAACUAGCUGAGAGGAAGCCCCCCCUCUUUAACAUGAAUGCAAUGAGUGCCUUAUACCAUAUAGCACAGAAUGAGAGCCCAACACUGCAGUCUAGUGAAUGGACGGAUUACUUUAGACAUUUUGUUGACUCUUGCCUUCAGAAAAUCCCUCAAGACCGACCACAAUCAGAUGAUCUGCUACAGCAUGCAUUUGUUCAGCGAGAGAGACCAGAAACUGUCCUGAUCGAUUUAAUUACACGGACCAAGGAUGCCGUCCGGGAGCUGGACAACCUACAGUAUCGCAAGAUGAAGAAAAUCAUCUUUCAGGACCAACAAAAUGGUCCAGUCACUGAGCUUCAGGAAGGAGAUGAGGAGCUGGAGCAUGGUCCUGGGCGUACGGGUACAGUGAACAGUGUGGGCAGUAACCAGUCUAUUCCUAGCAUGUCUAUCAGUGCCAGUUCUCAAAGCAGUUCUGUAAACAGCCUGGCAGAUGCUGCAGAUGACAAGAGUGAAUUGGACCUGAUGGAGGGGGACCACACAGUCAUGUCCAAUAGCUCCGUCAUACACCUCAAACCGGAAGAAGAAGAGGUUUACCAUGAUGACCAGGAGGCACAUGUUCACCACCCUGAGGCUCAGGCAGCUCCUGCACAGCCAGCACCACGCAAAUACCAUCGCAACCGCGAGCACUUUGCCACUAUUCGCACAGCCUCACUGGUGACAAGACAGAUGCAAGAACAUGAGCAGGACUCUGAGCUGAGAGAGCAGAUGUCUGGCUAUAAGCGAAUGAGGCGGCAGCACCAGAAGCAUCUAAUGGCCCUAGAGAACAAGCUUAAGUCUGAGAUGGAUGAACACAGACUGAGACUGGACAAAGAGCUAGAGACUCAGAGGAAUAGUUUUGCUGCUGAAAUGGAGAAACUAGUUAAGAAACACCAAGCUGCCAUGGAGAAAGAUGCAAAGUCAUUUGCAAGUGAUGAAAAGAAGUUCCAACAGCACAUCCAGGUCCAGCAAAAGAAAGAGCUGAGCAGCUUUCUUGAAUCCCAGAAACGAGAGUACAAACUACGCAAGGAGCAACUAAAAGAGGAGCUGAAUGAGAACCAGUCCACACCUAAGAAGGAGAAACAGGAAUGGCUGUCUAAGCAAAAGGAAAACAUUCAGCACUUUCAGGCUGAGGAGGAGGCCAACCUACUUCGCAGACAGCGACAGUAUUUGGAGCUUGAGUGCCGCCGCUUUAAACGCCGCAUCCUUAUUGCCAGACACAAUGUAGAACAAGACCUUGUCCGAGAAGAGCUGAAUAAGCGUCAGACGCAGAAGGACCUGGAGCACGCCAUGCUAUUGCGACACCAUGAGUCCAUGCAGGAGCUGGAAGUACGCCAGCUGAGCACCAUCCACAAGAUGAGAUCAGAGUUGAUCCGCCUUCAGCACCAGACUGAGCUCACCAACCAGCUAGAGUACAACAAGCGCAGAGAAAGAGAGCUCCGUCGCAAGCAUGUCAUGGAGAUCCGCCAGCAGCCCAAGAGCCUAAAGCCCAAAGAGCUGCAGAUCAAGAAGCAGUUUCAGGAGACAUGUAAGAUCCAGACACGGCAGUACAAGCUUUUGCGAACGCACAUGCUUGAGACCACACCUAAGUCAGACCACAAGGCUGUGCUGAAAAGACUUAAAGAGGAGCAGACACGUAGACUGGCUAGUCUUGCUGAGCAGUAUGACCACUCCAUUAAUGACAUGCUCGCCACACAGGCUUUGCGACUGGAUGAGGCCCAGGAGGCAGAGUGUCAGGUGCUGAAGAUGCAGCUGCAGCAGGAGCUGGAGCUUCUGAACGCAUAUCAAAGCAAGAUCAAGAUGCAGACAGAUGCACAGCAUGACCGGGAGAGAAAAGAGUUAGAGCAAAGGGUCUCGUUGCGCAGAGCCCUACUGGAACAGAAGAUUGAGGAGGAGAUGGUGACGCUGCAGAACGAGCGCUCGGAGCGGAUCCGCAGCCUGUUGGAGAGACAGGCACGUGAGAUUGAGGCCUUCGACUCGGAGAGUAUGCGUCUGGGCUUCAGCAACAUGGUGCUGUCCAACCUGGCCUCAUCCGAUGGCCAUAGCCAUAGCUUUCCAGGGGCACCGGGUGCAUGGGGCUCACCACACGGUGCUGGAUCACACGGGACACACUGGGGAGGCCAGCAGGGCCAUUAUCACCAUCAUCAGCAGCACCAUGUCAAUCAGAGUGGCUCUACCCAGCAGCCCUGGGGGCACAGCGGGCAUGCUCCCUGGGGCCACCAUGGACCUGGGGGAAGCCAGCGGUCCAGCGGUAGUAGCGGCAUGGCACGGAACAGUCCUCAGGCUGGCCACCGGACCUCAUCGGGGGGUCACGGUGAUCAGGGGAUGAACAGGAGCGCCAGCAUCGCCUCUCAAAUCUCCAAUGGCUCGCACCUGUCCUACACAUAAAACCACCCACCACACUGUCCCAGAGGAGCAUGAGGUACACCAGGAUUAGAGAGGGGACGCAGAGGAAAAUCUGAGCCCUUAAUGCAAUUUGCUUGCUUGCUCUUCCACACUUAGUACGGCACCAAAUUUAUGCACCUUAUAUUUAAGGACACAUUUAGAUUAGUUAUAAUAGCAAACAUUACCUAUAGCAGGUUGCCCUAAAUACUGUAUGUGAAGCACAGUUGAGCUUAGGAACAUUUAAGAAGUGCAUUAAAAUGGAAAGGGAUUGUGUGUUUAUAAAUGUCUUUGACAGAGAGAA